AUGGCAUCCGUGGUCGCCAAAUGGGUGAACAGAGGUCCCGGUCCUUCUAAUUUUAACCCCACAAUGACGAUGCAGGGCGGGAUGUACCGUUACAUGAGUCCCAUGAUGCCAUCCGAAGGGCGGGCGCCUUCCUGUGCUUCCGUUUACAUUCAUGACACUGACUACGCCACCCAGACGCGCACAAGGCUUGGAAACUCUAGACAACUGGAAGAGGCACUGAUGACGCAACUGACAUACAUGCUGCACGAAUGCAACCCCUACGUGCAGACGUUUCUGUGUAUGCGAGAAUGGGCUCAAUCUCCUCACAACAACAGUCCUGCCACGUACCAGAUGGUCAUCCAUGCCGAUCGCAGGCCAAGUCAUGAGUAUGUGCGCCGGUACAAUGGUCCCGAAGCUUCUGAAGUCGCCGCAUUGAUCCCUGGAAAUGAAGACGGAGAGAUUGGGCGAAGAGAUAUCGUCGUUCGCAGGAGAGGGACUCUGAACAGUAACGGGAACGAAGUGCUGGAUCCGAUUUCAGUCAGUCAUCGCGCAUACGAUCCAUUGAGCUACGUGCUUUUGUUCCCGAACAGUAGAGAUGGAUGGUAUCCAGAGCUUCGAUUCUCCAGUGUUCAAGACGGCAGACCACGACUCUUUCAGCUAUACUUGGUUGACCAGUUCUGCAAAGUGGCAGCAGAAAGGCUUUCUUAUCUCCGCCACAACCAGACACAACUUGGAGCCGCCGACUACACCUCACUGCGCGACAGCCUAGGAGACUCCGGUCGUGCUGAAGACGAAGCCGAUGCCGUGCGUGCGGGACGACUGUUCAUUCUCCUUUCCACGUACAUUGGAGGUGACCGCUAUAUGAGGCAGCAGAUGCACGACAUCAUUGCUAUAUCGAACCAAAUUGGCCACCCGGACAUCUUCCUCACCAUGACAUGCAGUCCAAGCUGGCCGGAGAUCACAAGAGCCCUACUGCCGAACCAAACGCCUCAGAACAGACCGGAUCUGUGCGCACGUGUGUUUCGUCUGAAAAUGAAAGAUCUCAUGUCCUUGGUCAUCAACGAAAAAGUAUUCGGAACCGUUGUUGCCCAUAUACGAGUCAUCGAGUUUCAGAAACGCGGUCUUCCCCACGCUCACGUUGUAUUUUUCCUAAAUGAAGUCUCCAAGAAUGAUCUGCGUACUCCCGAAAACGUCGACCGCAUUAUCUCUGCCGGGAUCCCGUCUGCCCAAGAUCCAGAACUCCAAGAGGUCGUGCUCAAGCAUAUGAUUCACAAUCCAUAUGGAGAACACAAUCCAACAGCCGUGUGCAUGGGCGAGCGGUACUGCAGGAAAGGGUUUCCAAAAUCGUUCAAACACGAAACCAGCCAGUCCGACAGUGAGUACUACAUCACGUACCGAAGAAGGGCACCCUCUGCAGGUGGCGUCUCCAUCGAGCGACCCUCCCACAACUCCUGGGUCGUUCCCCACAGUCCUGUGCUUCUACGUUCAUUCGCUUGCCAUUUGAAUGUUGAACUCUGCGUGUCACGCAUUGGCGGAAUCAAGUACCUCUUCAAGUAUGUGUGCAAGGGACCAGACCGAGUGACCAUGGAAAUCACUGCCGAGAACGAGCGCUACGACGAGAUCUCCAACUUCCAAGAUGCCAGAUACGUUUUGGCAUCGGAGGCCGCAUGGAGGUUAUUCUCCUUUGACAUUGUAGACCGCAAUCCUCCAGUAGUCAGGCUUGCAGUGCAUCUGCCCAACCACUACACGGUGUACUUUGAGGAAGGGCGAGAGCAGGAGGCGGCGCUUCGACCAGCAACAGGCACGAAGCUGACCGAGUGGUUUAAAGCCAACGAGAAGUACCCAAGAUUGCGGCAACUGUACGAGGAGUAUCUCGGUCGAAUCUACACUGUCAGUCCGAGGGAGGGUGAGCGCUACUUUCUUCGCCUCCUCCUCACACAAGUGCCAGGUGCAACAUCCUUCGAGAACUUGCGAAAUAUAGACGGCGAGGAGUGCACCAGCUUCCGACAAGCUUGCUUACAACUCGGUUUGCUGCCCGACGAUGCCGAGUGGAAGCACGCAAUCCGAGAUUCAUUCCGGUCAAGCUUCGUUCCUCUUUCUCAUCUGUUUGCUACGAUUAUGGCACACUGCCAGCCUUCGGACCCUCUCUCGCUGUGGAACGACCACCUGGACAUGUUUCUCACCGAUAUUCGAAAUCGUGCACGCAGACAACCCAUUCGAAGACCGCAGCUUCGCGAUGAUCACCACGCCACAUCUUACGUGCUUCGAGAGGUACAGGAGGCCCUGCAGACGGUGCGUUCCAACUGGACGCUCGCAAACUUCGGACUCCCACUGCCCGAUGACAGCCUUCCCGCUUUGGAAAAGAAAAACGAGAUCGAGACCCCCGAAGCAAGAGCGCAGCAUCGUCUCUUCUUCCUCGAUGCUUCUGGCGGAACAGGCAAAACAUUCGUGUUCAGCGCCAUUCAAGACUUCCUUCGUACGCGCCGUAAGCAAUUCAUCGCUGUCGCUACGUCUGCUGUUGCUGCUGUGUUGCUCGACGGUGGACGCACCGCUCAUUCCGUGUUCAAGGUUCCCAUUCCUGUAUCUGCCGAAAGCACGUGCAGCUUCUCCGCAAACUCCGACACUGGCCGUACACUGCAACAAGUCGAUCUCAUCAUAUGGGACGAGAUCGUCAUGUGCCAUCGACAUUGUAUUGAGACUGUCGAUCGCUCCCUUCGCGACUUGAUGCAAACCGACCAGCCCUUCGGAGGAAAGUUCCUCGUGCUCGCUGGAGACUUUAGACAAAUCCUUCCCGUCGUUCCAGGCGGGUCCCGAGGUCAAAUCGUGAGCGUGUGCGUCAAGGCUUCCCCGCUGUAUCGAGAGUGCCGAUUCCUGCGCCUUACCGAGAACAUGCGCCUUGCUGAUCUCCGAGCGGACCCUGCAGCAGAUGUGGAGGCUCUCAACUUUCCAGAGUUCCUCCUCAGCGUCGGGGAAGGCAGAAUUAACGGUGAACAGCGCCCGGAAUGGAUCUCACUACCACAGUCCGUUGCGUUCGAGCAUACCAUCCGCAAUUUAUGCCUCAAGGUCUUCCAAGGGAUUCGAGACAAUCACGCCGACCCUGCCUGCCUCACCAAGCGCACCGAAGACACCAACGCGCUAAUCUAUCCCACAGAAAUGCUCAACACCUUGACCGCCGGAUCUGCUCUUCCAGACCACAAGCUCAAGCUCAAGAAAGGCUUCAUCGUCAUGCUUCUGCGCAAUCUCGAUCCCGCUACCGGUCACGUCAACGGCGCGCGAUAUGUCAUCGAGAACAUGACCAACUACCUGCUCUUUCUACGCGUUACCACCGGGUCACACCAAGGCAACAGACUGUGUCUUCCUCGAAUGCCCUGCGGACCAGGACACGACAACUUUCCCAUCCCUGGCUUCACCCGAACGCAGUUCCCCAUUCGCACGUGCUUCGCCCUUACAACGAACAAAGCGCAAGGCCAAUCCUUCGGUGGCCGCAUUGGUCUCGACUUACGAGAUCACUGCUUCUCGCACGGUCAACUCUACGUCGCACUAUCAAGGACUACUUACCCAGGGAACGUCACUGUCCUCACUAGAGAGUCCAAUGAAACAACGCCAAACAUAGUGUACCCCGAGGUCCUUCAGUAG